AUGUCUGAAAAGUCGGACAGAGCGGAUACUAUCAACAACCACCAGGGGACGGUGGAUAGCGCCCCGAAGAGUGGAUUCAGUCGCUUCUGCAGUAAGAUGGGCGAUCUGCCACAAUGGAAGGUCAACGGAAAGCUUCUGCGCGGUGCCGCCUUGAACUGGGGCAUCGGUGUCAUCGCCUCCUGUGGCUUUCUCAUGUUCGGCUAUGACCAAGGCGUUCUGUCCGGGCUCCUCACCCUCGAUGACUUUCAGAAGAACCAGGCCUUGAUGACGCCCCUCGACGCCUCGAACCCUCUUUGCUGGAACGAUGAUGGCUCACGCGACGAACGCUACUGCCACGGUGACGCCAACACCCAAGCAGCCGGCGUUGCCCUGUAUCAGAUUGGUUGCUUUUUAGGCGCUGUUCUCAUUCUCUUCUACGGCGAGAGCUGGGGUCGCCGGUCGUCGACCUUCUGGGGCUCCCUCAUCAUGAUUAUUGGUGGAAUCAUGCAGGCUGCAUCCUUCGAAUAUGGGCUCUUCGUCAGUGGCCGCGUUGUUGGUGGCAUCGGGAACGGCAUGGUGACCUCAACCAUUCCGACCUGGCAGUCCGAGUGCGCACGCCCUGAGAAGCGCGGCUUCCUGAUUCUCAUCUCUGGCGCCCUCAUCUCGGGUGGUAUCAUGAUCUCCUACUGGGUUGUCUAUGGGUUCUAUUUCCUCGAGGGCCAGGUCCGCUGGCGCUUCCCCGUCAUGUUCCAGUCUUUCUUUACCAUUCUCGUCAUGAUUGGACUACUAUAUCUGCCCGACUCGCCUCGUUGGCUCUUGAUGAAGGGUCGUACCGCUGAAGCCCGCGAGGUCAUCGGUCGUCUCCUCGAUCGCCCCGAGGACUCUGCCGAGGUUGACGAAGAGGUCAACCAAAUCGCUGCUGCUCUCAACGUCGAACAAAAUGGUGGUCGCUUCAAGCGCCUCCUGACCAACGGACCCUCCCAAAACCUGCGCCGUACUCUCCUCGGCAUCGCCGCCCAAUUCUUCCAGCAGAUUUGCGGCAUCAACCUGAUUACCUACUACGCUACUUUCGUGUUCGAGAACUCGCUCGGGUUCGGACCCCAGCUCUCCCGUCUCUUGGCCGCUCUCAACGGUACCGAGUACUUCCUCGCCUCCCUCGUCGCCCUGCCCCUCAUCGAGCGCGUUGGACGCCGCAAGCUCAUGCUUUUUGGAGCCUUCGGCAUGAUGGGAUCCAUGGCCAUUCUUGCCGGCACGACCUCGACGGGCACGACCAACGAGGACGGCGCGCCCCAGCUUUCGACCGCAUACGGCGUCACGGCCGUUGUCUUCCUCUUUGCAUUCAACUCGUUUUUCGCCGUUGGCUGGCUUGGCAUGACGUGGCUGUACCCAGCCGAGGUGACGGGACUCAACAUUCGUAUCCAGGCCAACGCCCUGUCGACGUGCAGCAACUGGAUCUCCAACUUCCUCAUUGUCAUGAUCACCCCGCCGGCGUUCGCCAACCUCCAAUGGAAGACCUACGUCAUGUUCGCCGUGUUCAACGCGGCUCUCAUUCCUUGCGUCUAUCUGUACUUCCCCGAGACGUCUAAGCGCUCUCUUGAGGAGAUUGACCUCUACUUCGCCCGUGCCUGGUCAGAGGGCGUCUCUCCCGUCAAGAUGGCCAAGACGAUGCCCCGGUACACCGCAACUGAGCUCGACAACGAGUUGGCCAAGUAUUUCAGCGCCGCGGAUAUUGAGCAGCGCAGGGGUUCCAUGCUGCAGUCGCGGCGGCCAUCCGCCAUGACCCAGGCACCAGAUGAGCCUUCGGUGAACAAGAACGCCACUCAGUAA